AUUCUUCCGUGUUUACCACCCUGUCAAUCACUAGGGGGGAACACGGGAAAACAGCUUAAGGUAUGGGUAGGUAUGCAACGUAGCUGUACUUAUGCGAACGUUACUACCUGCUGAAAGGUUUAUGUAAUAUUUAUUUUGAAUUAGUCGAUCGGAGCGAUUGUUCAUUAAACUACUCGUAUUCUGUUCUUGACGUUGCCUUAGAGUACAUUAACGUUACUCGACUCGGUGACAUCUAAUUUAACUAGCAGCUAUGAUGGCGUCGAGCUACAAUGCUAAAGAAGAGGACGGUCACCAUUCAGGAGCCGUUGGCCCCGGUGGAGCAGGUACCGUAAAGAUCAAGAAGCCGGAUAAUACUGCGUUUAAACAGCAACGACUGCCUGCUUGGCAGCCCAUUUUGACAGCCGGCACUGUCCUCCCAGCUUUUUUCGUAAUCGGACUGAUCUUCAUCCCUAUUGGUAUUGGUCUGUUCGUCACAUCCAAUAACAUAAAGGAGUUUGAGAUCGAUUACACAGGCAUGGAGGAGUCCAGUCCUUGUUAUGUUUGCGCUCAUAAUUACAGCUGGAAUAAUACAACUCCCUGCAUAUGCUUGAUUCCAUUCGUUCUCGACCAGCCCUUUGAGAGCAAUGUCUUCAUGUACUACGGCUUGUCCAACUUUUACCAGAACCACAGACGUUAUGUGAAAUCUAGGGACGAUAGCCAGCUGAAUGGUGAUAAGACCUCAUUGUUGAAUCCAAGUAAGGAAUGUGAGCCUUACCGCAAAAGUAAUGGAUUAUCCAUAGCCCCUUGUGGUGCUAUUGCUAACAGCCUCUUCAAUGAUACCUUGGAGCUGAUUUACAAUUUUCCAAAUGGUACCACUAUUACCAUACCAUUAAUGAGGAAGGGUAUUGCUUGGUGGACUGACAAGCAUGUGAAGUUCAGGAACCCUGGAGGAAACGACAACAAUCUCACAACUGCAUUUGCAGGCACAGCCAAGCCUCUCAACUGGGGGAAACCUGUCUAUGAGCUGGACCCCAGUGACCCUGACAACAACGGCUUUAUCAAUGAAGACUUCAUCGUGUGGAUGCGCACUGCUGCCCUUCCCACCUUCAGGAAGCUCUACCGAAUCAUCCAGAAGAAGAAGGACAACAUGAUGCCAACACUGCCCCAAGGAAACUACACACUGAACAUAACCUACAAUUACCCUGUGCGCAGCUUCGACGGCCAGAAGCGUAUGAUUCUGAGCACCAUCUCCUGGAUGGGAGGGAAAAACCCCUUCCUUGGCAUUGCUUACAUCACUGUAGGCUCUGUGUGUUUCUUCUUGGGUGUUGUUCUGCUCAUUAUUCACCACAAGUAUGGCAGCCGGAACAACAACGCAGACAUCCCCAACUGAGAUGAGCUCUUCUGAGGUGCUCAUGCGUCUUCCUGCGUAGCUACUGAACCCCUGCAUGGACUACUGGCUUAACUUAUGGCUCAUUUUCUGUGUAUAAACUGUAGUGAUGUUCCAAAGUUACAGAAGAUAUUAAAUCCAUAUACAGUGUCAACUUUGCACACAUUGUUUCAAUGUAUACAAUGGUUAUAUAUCAAUAUAGGAAAACACACAGAACAUUUUGAUUAUUGUGGCUAGUGCUGGUGGCUUUCAUUACCAUUUCAGAGCUAUGGUCUUCCCUGUUGUGUUGAUUUGACAUGAUAGAAGUACGUUUUGGGAUCCAGUUUAAUCAGGUAGUUAUCCUGCCAAAUACCACUGGAUUGCAGUGGCAGUUUGCUUAAAAAAAAAGUUCCUAGGUUGAAGUUUAACAGUUGAACUGUUUCAUACACAGCAUGGAUACCAAAAUCAAGCACAAUGCCUCUAAGCUACACCACUCAGUAUUUUAUACUUGAAACCAGUUAAGGCAAUUACUGCUACACUGAUCUGACCAAAGUUGUUUCGCUAAUUCUAUGCCACACGCUUCUGAAGCCGUGUACUAUCCCUAUCAAAAUGAUUGUCUUUUGCUAUGAAGUAAGGGGGUUGUAGGGAUCGAAGGAUGCCUCCUGUGCUGUUUUUCCAUUUCUUUCCUGUGUUUGUUUCCAACUGAAUGUAAUGGGUGUUGAAUUGAACGCUUAAAAUAUGCUUUUAUGAAUGUAUGGUUUUGCAGCUAUACCCUGAAGCAAAUAUCCAAUCGGCUUAAAUGGGGAUUGCAAAUUGAUGUCAGACUGUCAGUCCUGCUUCUUGCCUGGUUUUGCUUUGUUGAAUCAGAUGCACCCUAUCAUAUAUGUCAUUUCAUAUGCAUGCUGUAGUUUUUGUUUAGAAAUGCAAUCAAAGGGCUAUACUUUAAUUAUUAAGGUUGUUUUGUUUUGUUUGUUGUUGUUAUUUACCUUUUUACACUCUAAAGGAAUAUAUUAUAUUUAUCGUGACCAAUUAAUUUGAGUUGAAAAUCAUUUAUGUUCUUUAUUAUGCUCUCAUUUGUUUUCACUGGUUUUAAACCCAAAUAUUGUAGUAUCAGAAAAAUGCACUUUAAAUUUGACAUGAACUUAAAAAUAGUACUUUGGAUUAUUUAUUGUAUAUUGCUGAUUACAGUUUCUUUUACAUGUCUAGAUCCAUAUUGAAAUGGAACAAGAAUAGAUAUAAUGAGGCAACUAUAUACACCUCCAAAACUACAUUUGGUAUCUUGCCAAUUCCAAAAUGUUUGAAUCAUGACUAAUAAUACUGACAUGUUGUAUACAAAAUAUAAUGACAAUGGUGCAUAGAUAACUAAGCAUGUAAUCUGAGCUUUGUGGAUACUGUAAAAGAAAAUGUAAUCAUAUUUUUUUUUUAAAUUGGACAGCUGGAGAUUGCUAAAGUGAAUAAAUUAACCUAAAGCUUA